CCGCGGGCGCGGGGAGGGGGCGCCUGCUGCGGGGGCCAUGGCCGAGCCCGGAAGCCGGGAGCCCGAGACCUGGGCCUGCAGCCCCAGUGUCGCCGCCGCCAUGGCCCCGCAGCAGCUCUUCCGCGCGCUCGUGUCGGCGCAGUGGGUGGCCGAGGCGCUGCGGGCCCCGCGCGCCGGGCAGCCCCUGCAGCUGCUCGACGCCUCCUGGUACCUGCCCAAGCUGGGCCGCGACGCGCGCCGCGAGUUCGAGGAGCGCCACAUCCCGGGCGCCGCCUUCUUUGACAUCGACCAGUGCAGCGACCGCACGUCGCCCUACGACCACAUGCUGCCCAGCGCGGCGCACUUCGCCGAGUACGCGGGCCGCCUGGGCGUGGGCCCCGCCACCCACGUCGUGGUCUACGACGCCAGCGACCAGGGCCUCUACGCGGCGCCGCGCGUCUGGUGGAUGUUCCGCGCCUUCGGCCACCGCGCCGUGUCGCUGCUGGACGGCGGCUUCCGCCACUGGCUGCGCCGGGGCCUCCCGCUGAGCUCGGGCAAGAGCCGGCCCGCGCCCGCAGAGUUCCAGGCCGCGCUGGACCCCGCCUUCGUGAAGACGUACGAGGACGUCAAGGAGAACCUCGAAUCGCGGCGCUUCCAGGUGGUGGACGCCCGCGCCGCCGGCCGGUUCCGGGGCACCGAGCCCGAGCCCAGAGACGAUAUCGAACCUGGCCACAUCCCCGGCACUGUGAACAUCCCCUUCACAGACUUCCUGACCGAGGAGGGCCUGGAGAAGAGCCCCGAGGAGAUCCACCGCCUGUUCCAGGACAAGAAGGUGGACCUGUCCCAGCCACUGGUGGCCACAUGUGGCUCUGGUGUCACAGCCUGCCAUGUGGCACUGGGAGCCUACCUCUGCGGCAAGCCUGACGUGGCCAUCUACGAUGGCUCCUGGGUCGAGUGGUACAUGCGUGCCCAGCCCGAGGAUGUCAUCUCAGAGGGCCGGGGGAAGACCCACUGAGGCUGGGCAGGACACAGGAAGCUCGGGUGACACUCAGCCACCAGCUGUGCACAGCCUGGUUGUUCUGACUCUGCUUUGACCUGGAGAGGUUUCUUCCUCCAACUCAAAUGGCACAUGGGGCGACAUCUCAGAGGCCAGGAAUUCCGUUGACUUGUGGGCACCGAGUGGAGGCAGGAGAUAAGGUGGCAGCGGGCACAGGGGGCCGGGAGCUGCCCACCAGGUGCUAAUCUGGGGCCCCACCUUCCUUCUGUCUUGCUGUGAGGAAAUAAAACAGCCAAGUGCUAAAUCCUUCUA